CUGAAAGUAAUGAUAAAUAGAGACACUUUUCAGUUUUCAUCAACUCGAUCUUAACUAAAACGAUGGCUCAAUUUAUUUGGACUUGGCUAUCUGUCACAAUUUCUCUCCUAUUUCCUUUAAUGAUGACCAUGCUUCCUACAUCAACAUCAGUUCCUCAUCUUUGGAGAAGUAAUUGCGCAGACACCACCAUGUUUGCCAACAAUAGCCAGUAUGAAACCAAUCUCAAUGCCGUCUACCGUUCUCUCACCUCCAACGCCACCAACCCCACCGGCUAUUCUCAAGCAAUAUCGACAAACGGUUCAAACGAAACCGUCUACGGCCACUUCCUCUGCCGUGGAGAUCAGUCCGCCUCCUCGUGUCGCGACUGUGUGGAUACUGCUACCACCUCUGAUAUUCCUUUGAAUAGUUGUCCUAAGUUGGUAAGAUACUCGAACGUGUCGUUUUUUGGAAGGUUGCCACCGGAAAGUCAGAUGCUUGAUCCAUGGGAUAGAUUUGGAAGCGGAAAUAACAUAACAGGGAACAUUACACGAUUUAUGGAUGCUAUUGGGGAUAUGAUGAGUGAUGUAAUAAUCCGAGCAUCUAACGGUGGCCCCGAGAAAAAGUACGCGACCAGAAUUUUCGAGUAUUCUAGCUUGCAGACGAUGUAUGGGAUGGGGGAGUGUACUCCGGACUUGAGUGCUUCGGAUUGUUAUCGAUGCUUAAGGACUGCAAUUGGAUUCCUUGAGGUUGCUACUGGUGCGAGGGUUAUGAUGACAAGUUGUAAUUUGAGAUAUGAGAUCUACCCUUUUUUUGAAGGUGCCGUCAAUUUUCCACCGCCAUCUUUGCCGCCAUCGAUGAGUUCUCCCGGUGGUAAGUGGACUACUAAUCUUCAUGUUUUGGUGUAAUGUCUUGAUUCACAUAUAUUAUUUUUCAAGAGAUUGAAUACUAAUAUCAAUUGUUCAUUAUGUUACUAAUCCUGGAUUGAAAUUGAAUACUAAUAUCAAUUGUUCACUUUUCUACUAAUAAAUAUGAAUCUUUUUUGAACCACGUAUCAUAUUUUUCAUACUAAUAAAAACAUGCGCAAUAAAAUCGGAUAAGAUAAAAAAAAAAUACCAAGAGAAAUUACUUAAGAAAUAUGAAUUUAGUUCAAUUACAUCGAUUAUCCCUAUUAUGUGGGGUUUUUGUAAUCCUCAUUUUGCUUAUAUCAAGGACGGAUUUUAAAAAUGAACAGUAUAAAACUUUAUAAAAGAAGUUGUUAUAUACUAUGACAUGCAUAUUUGUGUGGUCUCUUAAAAUUUGGUUAGUUAUGUAAUUAGCUCUUUAUACGGUUUAAUAAUUAACAUUUUGGCCUCGGCAGGAAAGAACAGAACACUAGUUGUUGCAAUUGUUGUGCCACUAGCUGUCUUGGCGCUUCUGAUUGCUUCAUGCAUGUAUUACUUUCGUAGGAAGGGAAAGAAGUACCUUUCUCUAGAUAUUGAAAAGGGCAAGCAUCAUCCUAAUAUUGGACUAUAUUUGGUAUAAAGAAAACAUUUUGGAUUGUUAAUGAUGUUUUAUGAAAUUUCUUUUCCAUAAAAGAGACAAUGUUAUUCUUCUUCGCUGUUUGGUAUCUUACAAGAUAAGUCGAGCCAGUCUAAAAAUGUUAAUAGAAUGAAUGACUGAUGUGAAAAGAUAAAAAGGGUGUUGAGGAAUAACGACGACAUCAUGGUAUUAUUUCAGUCAAGCAAAAUGAUAAAUGAAAAGAAUACUUCUCGAACAAAAAUGUUUUUUCUCAACCAAAUACUCUAUUAGUCAAAAAUUUCAUCUAAGUUUCACAAACUAUUAUCAUAUGGUGGUCUAAUCUCUUCAUGUAUGGGGAUCUGUUGCUUAAAGAUUUCACAACAGCAGAGUCCUUGAUGUUCGAAUUGGAGACACUACAAACUGCCACUAAUGACUUUUCGGAUGAUCAAAAGCUUGGUGAUGUUGAGUAAUUGAUUCAAAAGUUGGUUAGCUAUUAUUUAGGAAGCUGGGUCAAUUAUUCUUUGUUAGUAUUGGAGUCUUUCUAACGUCAAUAAUGUAGUGCUGUAGUUUGUUAUUAGUGGUACUUUGAGUGGAGCAAUUGGUGGAUCAUUAUCCCCACUUCUCUCUAGUUAGUUACUAGUGUUUAGGAAGUCUCAUAGUAGGUCUUGUGUGCCUAUAUAAUAGGUAUAUUAAUGUAAGUCAUUCAUGCAGUUUUGUGAGCAAAAAACAUUUGUUUAGUUAA